GGAAGGAUGUAUAACUGAGUUAGUUUCUGUGUCUACGGUGCAAAACUCAGAGCAAGUGCAAAACGAUUCAACUGUCGGUAAUAACGGAAAUAACUUGUUCUGUGUAUCGGAACAUCACAGAGCAAGUAAUCGGAACAUAACUUGCUGAUUGCUCUGUGGUCGGAACUUCUGUGUCAUAUAAAUCAUAAUUAUUAUAAUUUUUAAUAGUUUUGAACUUGGUUUUGAAUGUUCCUUGUAAUAUCGACGAAUAUGUUUAUCAAGUGAUUGACGUAGUUUUUACGCGUUCAAUGUAUGUUUUCAAUGUCUCUCAAUGACUGAUAAUUGAUAAACUUUCACUAUUUGUGAUGUGAAUGCUAUGUUGAAUGUUGACUGUCAAUUUAAACGCAUACCUAUUCAAUUUUAAAGUACCUAUCGAGUAGUGAGUAGGGCAUGGCUACGACGAAUUACAUGGAAGUGAAAUUAGAUUAACAUUAGCCCCUAUUACAUAAAGAGAUUUCAUUUAAAAUUGUGAAUUUAAUACAUUAUAAUGUUUUCGAAGAAAAAGAAGAAGCCUUUGAUUUCACCUCCCAGUAACUUCGAGCAUAGAGUUCAUACUGGGUUUGACAGAAGAGAGGGAAAAUUUGUUGGCCUUCCAUUACAAUGGGCCUCACUAGUUGGAAACAAUCAGAUAUUGAAGUCUACAAAUAGGCCACUACCCUUAGUGGAUCCAUCCGAAAUAACACCUACUGAGAUAUUAGAUUUAAAGACUGUAGUGAGGGGUGAUCACAGAACAAGUUCAGUAGCUGCAAUAUCACGUCCCACAUCUACCAAUCCUACAUCUCAGCCAAUACAGAAUGGUGUUGUUUUACCAAAAACAUCAAAUGUUGCCAGAUCCAACUCUUUAAGGAGUUCUAGUCCACCAAGAAUAAGACGUGACUUACGUAGUCAGGCUAACAUCCCGCCAGUUGUACCUGAAGAAUCCCCGCCAAAUGUACCUGCCCCUGCUCAAUAUCCAAGCUUACGCCGUGAACAGAGCAACUACACUCUUAAUCAACCGAUUAGAGAAUCCCCAGUUGAAUGGUCACAGCAUGCUCAUGAAGCAACAAUAAGAUCAACAAAUGAUGUAAAUGACAAUCAGCAAUCAAAUAUGACAUAUCAGAACAUACAAAACGCGAAUAUACCUUAUCAACAUAAUCAUCCACCUCCACAGCCUGUGAUGCAUCAACAACCACUUGGUAUGAAUGGAAAUAAUAUGAAUUUAGGUGAUUCAUAUCCAAGUGGUGUGCGACACCCAGGGCCUCCGCCCCCCGCCACGCAGUUGCCCCUCGCCGCCUCUAAACAUGAGUUACGGUUGACCCAUGAACAGUUCCGCGCCGCAUUACGCCUGGUAGUGAGCGAGGGUGAUCCCAGAGAAACGUUGACUGGAUUCAGUAAGAUUGGCAAAGGUAGUACGGGCGUGGUGUGCGUGGCUACGGACACGAGGACGCGACGCCGCGUUGCCGUCAAGAUGAUGAACUUGCUUAACCAGCAGAGACGGGAGCUCUUGUUUAAUGAAGUGGUGAUAAUGCGUGACUACCCUCACCCAAAUAUAGUUGAGAUGUAUGCUUCAUACCUAGUUGGCAAUGAAUUGUGGGUUGUGAUGGAGUACAUGGCAGGAGCCUCUCUCACCCAAAUAGUCACUAGAGCGAGAAUGGACCCAGAACAAAUUGCUACUGUUUGUAAACAGUGCUUGAAGGCUUUAGCAUUCUUACAUGGGCAAGGAGUAAUCCAUCGGGAUAUAAAAUCGGACUCUAUUCUUAUGACUGCUGAUGGACGCGUCAAACUAUCUGACUUUGGUUUUUGUGCUCAAGUAUCACAGGAACUUCCAAAGCGAAAAUCUCUCGUCGGCACGCCAUAUUGGAUGUCGCCGGAAGUUGUGUCGCGUCUGCCAUACGGGCCGGAAGUGGAUGUGUGGUCGCUCGGUAUCAUGGUCAUCGAGAUGAUCGACGGGGAACCGCCGUUCUUCAAUGAACCACCGUUGCAGGCGAUGCGGCGCAUCCGCGACAUGCCGCCGCCCCGGCCGCGCGGGCUGGCGCGCUGCCCGGCGGACGCGGGCGCGUUCCUGGAGUGCGCGCUGGUGCGCGACCCGGCGCAGCGGCACUCGGCGGCGCGCCUGCUGCACCACCCGUUCCUGCGCCGCGCCGGCCCGCCCGCGCUGCUCGUGCCGCUGCAGCCGCCGCCCUCUUGAGCGCGCCGGAUCACAAGACAUACAAGUUACGAAGUCGAACGCUCUCCGAGUGAACCAAUGACGAAAUCAGCUUUUGCUGAAAACAAUUAUCAUGACAUUGUUUCCACCUAUCCUUAACAGCAUUUAAAAUUAUGUACACGUUUUAUGAUGACAGCUUUAUUGGCGACAAAUAUUUUUAAGUGUCAUCACGUUUCAGAAAUCCAGUGAAUCAUUCCACUAUAAUAAUUAUUAUUAAUAUACUAAGUAUUAACGACUCAUUCCUUAUGUUAUGCAUGCGUGUAGUAUAUAAAUCAACUCUUCUAUUUUUCUGCAAAGUUAUUUAUAUUGUUGACGAUAUUAUUGUUUUGCCAUAGAUUGUUGGUUAUAAUAUACAAUUUUCUUAGGUUAUAACGAUGCCUUAAAUGUUAGUUAAGAUUUUUUCGCCCCGUCCAUUGGCCUUUUAAUAUUUCAUUAGUUAUAUUAUUGACAAAAAAUCAUGUUGAGGCCUUUGUUAUUGUAUAAUUAGUAAUAUAUUUGGUAUAAAAUUUAUUUCUUACAAGUGGGUAAAGUGAUUAGACAUUAGUGCCAGGUUCAGUGCCUCAAUUUAAAAUUAAUCAGUAUUAUUAAAUCAAUUUAAUGACUAUUGUAAUUUUUAUAUGUAUUUUGUAUUGGUAGCUCAUAAAAGGUUUUUGCGAAUGAAUUAUAAUUGGUCGAAUAUUUGAUCUUUGGAUUGAAUAUAUUUUUAUAGGUG